UCUUUCCAAAACUUUAAUAUAUAUUGCCUACAGAAACGAUAACUAUCCACCACUUCUCAUUACUUUAAGACACAUUUUCAACUAACAAGAAACACCCAAAUGAGGAACAUGAGAGUUUUCUUCUUCGUCUUGCUUUGUUUCUUCUUCGUCUUCUUUGUGAAACUCAGCAGAGGACAGAACAACAGAAUAACAGUAAUCAAUGUGGGUGUUGUAACAGAUGUCGGGAUAAUGCACUCGGACAUUGAAAUGCUCUGCAUCAACAUGUCUCUAGCCGAUUUCUACUCUUCCCGUCCUCAAUAUCAAACAAGGCUUGUCGUUAACGUCGGUGAUUCCAGACACGACGUUAUCGGUGCUGCAGCUGCAGGUCUUGAGCUUAUCAAGAACAAUCAAGUGAAAGCCAUCUUGGGGCCAUGGAGUUCAAUGCAAGCUCAUUUUUUGGUCGAGAUUGGCCAGAAAUCACGGGUUCCGAUUGUUUCCUACUCUGCAACAAGCCCAUUUCUUACAUCUCUCCGUAGUCCAUACUUCUUUCGUGCUACAUACGAGGAUUCCUUUCAAGUGCACGCCAUAAAAGCUAUCAUCAAGUUGUUUGGAUGGAGAGAAGCCGUGCCUGUUUAUAUCGACAACACCUUUGGAGAAGGUAUAAUGCCUCGUCUCACGGAUGCAUUACAAGAGAUUAAUGUUCGCAUACCUUAUAGAUCUGUCAUCGCUCCCAAUGCCACGGAUCAUGAAAUCUCUGUGGAGUUGCUUAAGAUGAUGACCAUGCCCACAAGAGUGUUCAUUGUCCACAUGUACUCUUCUCUUGCCUUAAGAGUCUUCAUUCAAGCUAAGGAGAUUGGUUUGAUGAAACCAGGAUAUGUUUGGAUCCUUACCAAUGGUGUAACUGAUGAAUUAAAUUGGAUAAGUGAGACGGGUAUUGAGGCUAUGGAGGGGGUAUUGGGUGUUAAAACUUAUAUUCCGAAAUCCAGAGAACUCGAAAUAUUUAGUUCUCAAUGGAGGAGGAGAUUUUCACGGAUGGACCUCAAUGUCUAUGGAUUGUGGGCUUAUGAUGCUAUAACCGCACUUGCUAUAGCCAUUGAAGAAGCUGGAACAAAUAACUUGACUUUCAGUAAUGCCGAUCCUGGGAGAAAUGUGUCUGAACUUGAAGCUCUUGGUUUAUCCCAAUACGGUCCAAAGAUUCUCCAGACACUCUCAACAGUUCAGUUCAAAGGACUUGCAGGAGAUUUCCGUUUUGUCAACGGGCAACUGCAACCGUCGGUGUUUGAGAUUGUUAAUGUGAUAGGAACUGGAGAAAGGUCGGUAGGAUUCUGGACAGAGGAACAUGGUCUUGUGAAGCAACUAGACCAGCAGCCGCGUAGCAUGAGCGCUUUAUCUACUUGGAAAGAUCAUCUUAAGCAAAUUAUAUGGCCUGGAGAGGCUGAUUCUGUUCCCAGAGGAUGGGAAAUGCCGACUAAUGGGAGGAAGUUGCGCAUUGGAGUUCCAAAGAGAACUGGUUACACCGAUCUCGUGAAGGUCACAAGGGAUCCUAUCACCAAUGCAUCACUAGUCACAGGUUUCUGCGUUGAUUUCUUUGAGGCUGUGAUUCGAGCAAUGCCUUAUGACAUCUCCUAUGAGUUCAUUCCUUUCGAAAAAAGCAAUGGUAAACCAGCCGGUAAUUACGACGACUUGGUUCACCAAGUGUACCUCGGGAAAUAUGAUGCUGUUGUGGGAGAUACAACCAUACUGGCGAACAGGUCUGCUUACGUUGAUUUCACAUUUCCGUUCUUUAAAUCAGGCGUAGGAUUAAUCGCCCCCAUUAAAGACCAAGUGAAAAGAGACAGUUUCACUUUCUUGAAGCCUUUGUCAUGGAGACUAUGGUUGAUUUCCUUUGCCUGCUUUUUUCUUGUUGGAAUCACUGUCUGGGCUCUUGAACAUAGGGUUAACCCGGACUUUAGAGGACCUGCUAAUUACCAAGCUAGUACUAUCCUCUGGUUCGCCUUCUCUACCAUGGUUUUUGCUCCAAGAGAAAGAGUGUUCAGCUUUGGAGCUAGGCUUCUAGUUAUCACAUGGUACUUCAUCGUUCUCGUGUUGACUCAAAGUUACACAGCUAGUUUGGCAUCGCUUUUGACAUCGCAGCAACUUCAUCCAACCAUAACGAGCAUGAGCAGCUUGCUUGAGAGAGGAGAAAAAGUGGGUUAUCAGAGAACAUCCUUCAUUCUUGGAAAGCUUAGAGAAACAGGUUUCUCGCAAUCGAGCCUUGUGCCCUUCGAUACAUCUGAAGAAUGCAACGAGCUUCUUAGAAAAGGACCAAAAAAGGGAGGUGUCUCUGCAGCUUUCUUGGAAAUACCUUACUUGAGACUCUUUCUUGGACAAUAUUGCAACACUUAUAAAAUGGUUGAAGAACCCUUCAAUAUUGAUGGUUUCGGCUUCGUUUUCCCGAUAGGAUCACCUAUGGUGGCCGAUGUUUCAAGGGCCAUCUUAAAAGUAGCAGAGUCACCAAAGGCGAUGGAGCUUGAGCGUGCAUGGUUCAAGAAGAAAGAAGAAAGUUGUCCAGACCCAGUCACCAAUCCAGAUCCAAAUCCAUCUUUUACCUCUAGGCAGCUCGGCGUCGACAGUUUCUGGCUUCUGUUUCUUGUUGUGUUUGUUUUGUGCUUUCUAACACUCGGAAAAUUCACUGUCUGCUUGCUAUGGACGACCAAAUGGAAUCAUUUGUGGAAAGAGUUUCAGAAACCAGACAACGAUUCAUACAUCAACAAUGUAGAGAAAUGUCCAUGUUCAUUGAGUCGACACAUCCCAGUCUCUUUGCUAUGGAAUCAUUUGUGGGAACCAGACAACGAUUCAAACAUCAACGAUGCAGGGGAACGUCGGUGUUCAUCGAGUCGACAGAUGCCUGAGAACAUUAUACAAAGUCAAGCAACGAACUAGACAUAAAAUCGUUAUCUUUUGGCCACUUUUGAUGCUCUAAAUACAAUAAUUCUUGAUUUUGUUUUUUUCUUUGAAAAGUAGGCUGGAUUUGAAUUGAA